AUGUUCGUCGAGUUCAGUGCAGCCAAGUCAUCCUUUGUGAAGAUACUGCUUGUUAUUGCGCUGGUCGCGUGUUCGGCUACGAGCGAGAUUCCCCCAGAAUUGGUAUCUGAAGGAAGCUCACGUGCUUUGAAUACGGUGCAUGCAGCUGAAAACAGCGUCGUGGACAAGCAAUACUUGAGAUCCGACGUACCCGAGACAACGAGUAAUCAAAAUACCGUCACUUUUGAAGACAGGAUUAAUGGCGCUCACAUCUCCACGUCAGACGUCGCCCGAACGAGCAUCAGCCAACAGCUGAAAUCAAAGAUAUCGACAACAUACGCUGCAUUCAUCGAGAAGAUGAAACCUGAGUGGUGGCAGCUGAGGAAGUCUCCGGACAAGUUGUUUGAUUAUGUGAAAGUCAAGAAGGCGAAUGUGAAUCCAGGUGAGGACCCCUUUGCAAGAUUCAAGUUUGAGUUUUGGUCCACCGUUGUCUUUCUCUUCAACCCCGAGGACCCGAUGCGUCACAUCAGAAGUGUGUUAUUGGACAAGUUUGAAGGCGAACAUAAGCUUGCAGCUGCAGUUCAAGCAGCGCUCAACGAAAAGCCUACGCUUAUUAAAGAGUUUAUGCUGGAGAAUCUGCAGGCCAAACAAUUCGCGUUGUGGUUGCAAAAUGAUAUCCCGUUGACAGAUAUCAAAAAUGAUCAGGUCAUGACUGCCUACUCACAGUUCUUGAUUUCUAAUAGGCGUUUUGGUGGGACCGCAUAA